CGCCAAGUCUUGCCUGAAUUCUGGAUAACACGGCCUCCAGCAAAAACCUCCAGUCCUCCACUCUCCCGUUCGGCUGCCUCACCCCUCCCCAACGCUGCCAUGGCCUCGCUCCACCCCGCGACGGCCACGCCGCCACCGCGGCACUCCCUCUCGGCCUCCCUUCGCGCGUCCUCGCUCUCGUGGUCCGCCUCCAUCGCCGUCUCCCGCAUCCCGCCGCCCCCUCGACUCGAACUCCCCGCGCCGGCACCGGCUCACGGGCCCGGCAGCCGCCAGCAGAGCCUGGUGGUGCGCGCGGCGUGGACGCGGCGGUCGCGCGGGGAGGCGGAGCAGCGGCCGAACCGCAAGUCGUGGAAGCAGCGCACGGAUAUGUACAUGCGCCCCUUCCUGCUCAACGUCUUCUUCUCCAAGCGCUUCGUGCACGCCAAGGUUAUGCACAGGGGCACCAGCAAGGUCAUCGCCGUCGCCACCACCAACGCCAAGGACCUCCGCCUCACGCUGCCGACCCUCGUCAACGACAACGCCUGCAGGACCAUCGGGAGGCUCAUCGCUGAGCGGUCCAUGAAGAACGAGCGGAUCGAGGGCAAGCUCGGGAUCAUAAUCGACACGAUUAAGGAGCAUGGUAUCAUCUUCGUCUAGGCAAGUUUCAGGGUAGGAGCAGUGCUGUUGUGUGUUAGUUUUGAUUCCUAUUACAUGGAAAUUGUUUCCUUGUUGACUACUAAAAAUAUUUAACACGAAAGGUCUAGACCUCUGUCUCUCAGCCGCAACUGCCAAAACUUUUAUCGCCACUCACCACUCAGUUUUUCUGAAGACAAAGUGAUCCAGUGAUUGAUCCCAUUUUGCUUAAAAUUCUGAAGUAACCAACUACCCAAAUUCAUCAUCUUGAGUACUUACAGGUGAGAUAACAGUAAGUUUUAUAAUGUAAUAUUGGUUACUGAUAGUGUUUCAGACUUCAGAAGAUAAGUUUUGCUAGGAAGUUGGAGCUAGACACAAGUUAUGACUCUGCAAGCUUUCCUUUUACUCCCUUGUUGUUCAUUAGGUAACUGAUGAAUGUCCUCCAGGAGCUGUAUUGUUCAUGCUCUUCGAAUAAUAAUUGAAUGGUUCCACCAGAUGUUGAGAGAUUCAUUGCACGGUAGUUAUGUUCACCUGUUGUAUAGCUGAACUCUUCUCCUUCACCUUGUUAAUGGAAAAUUACAUCGGGAAGAAAGAGGUUGAAUGGUACAAUAAGAGAAAUGAGAUUAUAACAACAGAUUUGUUGAAAGCAAUUGACAGUGCCUCACAUUUCUAGCACUUAACUCAUCUUUAAUACCCUCCCGCUCAAGAAAGUGGAGGUAACAUAGUUCUAUAUCUGUUCUUUUUUUAGUGAAUCAUCUAGAUCUUUUGAGUUUUUUUUGUCUUUGUCAUAUCAUUGUACUGUGUUGGAAUGAGGCAAGUGAUGUAUCUAUCAUUAAAGUGCUUAUUAUCGUUUCUUCUCGAUCAUACUAUGAAUUAUAUUUUUUUCUGUAUAACAUACAUUAAUAGAUCUAAUUUGAUA